AUGUCCAGCUUUGUCGCAGGAUGGAUCCAGCACCUGCUCGUGGGUCCAGAGGCUGCUCCUCUCCCUGAGGAAGUCACACACUGGAACUGCAAUUACGCACAAAAGGGAGAAGGAGGCGUCACCAGCGGCACAGACUCCCAAGGAUCUAGGCCAGUAUAUAAGGGGUGCCAGGGGGACCCCAAGAGCUCCAAGCAGCCGAUGCCAAGGACCUACAUGACAGACACUCCAAGCCACAAUGGCACGCUGGAGGCCCUCAACAGCACGGCCGGCUUACUGGGCCAGUUCUCCUUCAUCCUGGUGGGCAUCCCUGGUCUGGAAGCCUUCCACACCUGGAUUGGGACCCCCCUCUUCCUCAUGUACGUCCUGACUGUGCUGGGGAACGUCACCAUCCUCUUCGUCAUCAAGACGGAGCCCAGUCUCCACCAGCCCAUGUACCUCUUCCUCUCCAUGCUGGCCGCCAACGACCUGGUCAUCAGCACCUCCACUUUGCCCAAGAUGUUGGCCAUCAUGUGGUCAGGCGCCAGGGAGAUCGGCUUCCAUGCCUGCCUGGUGCAGAUGUACUUCAUCCACACCUUCUCCAUCGUGGAGUCCGCCAUCUUGCUGGCCAUGGCCUUUGACCGCUAUGUCGCCAUCUGCCACCCUCUCCACUAUGCGGCCAUCCUUAGCAACACGGUGGUGGCCAGGAUGGGGCUGGCGGCGGCUGCCCGGGGCGUGAUCCUGGUGCUGCCCUGCCCCCUCCUCCUCCUCCAGAGGCUGCCCGGUGGCUUCCGAACGGUCAUCCAGCACACCUACUGCGAGCACAUGGCGGUGGUCAAGCAGGCCUGCAGCGACACGACCGUCAACCGGGUGUAUGGCAUCUGCGUGGCCCUCUCGGUGGUGGUGCUGGACCUGGGCCUCAUUGCCGCCUCCUACACCAUGAUCCUCCGGGCCGUCUUCCGGCUCUCGUCACGGGACGCUCGCGCCAAGGCCCUGGGCACCUGUGCGGCCCACACCUGCACCAUCUUGGUCUCCUAUGUGCCCGCCCUCUUCACCUUCCUGACCCACCGGAUUGGCCGCCACGUGCCUCCGUAUAUCCACAUCCUGCUGGCCUGCCUCUACCUCCUCCUGCCGCCCAUGGUGAACCCCCUCGUCUAUGGGGUGAAGACCCAGCAGAUCCGCCAGAGGGUGCUUGGCCUUUUUGGCCUAGGGCAAAAGGGGCCUGAAAACCACUAGACACCUCUUUGCCCUCCUGGGUGCCAAGCCGGGCCCUGCCAGGCACGGUGCCUCUCCCACAAUGCUGGCAUUUGGACAGAAACCACGAGAGGGGGCCACGAAUGUUUGCUUUCAUUUUAUUUAUCUCAUGUCUCUUUCCAGUUAUUUUUAUUAGUAAAUAAGGUAAGCCAAAGGUUCUCUCCUUAUGAACCUCGUGGGACU